CAUGCGGUCACAUGACAGUGAGUGAAGAUGUCUGCUACAGAGGAGGACACGGAACUGAGAGACCUACUGAUUCAGAAUUUAGAAAAUAAUGGCGUUUUGAACAAAAUUAAGGCUGAACUUCGAGCUGCGGUGUUUCUCGCUUUAGAGGAGCAGGACAAAGUUGAGAAUAAAACCCCACUUGUAAACGAAAAUCUGAAAAAGUGUCUCAACUCAAAAGAUGGGCGUCUUGUGGCCAGUUUAAUCACCGACUUUCUUCAAGUCUUCAAUUUAGACUUCACUUUUGCAGUUUUUCAACCAGAAAUUAACACGUUAAAUGGGCUUGACAGUCGUGAAAGUUUGUUCAAAGAGCUCGGCCUCUCUGAAUCAGAAGGGAACAAGAGCACGCCUCUCCUCCUUGAGUUAAUUAAGAGGGGUCGACACAAAGAGAAACCCUCCAUCUUCUCUGAGGGUGAUCGAGUAAUGCAUAUUCCCAAGGAGCUGUCUCCUCAACAAAUUGCUGAAGCACGCAAAAAAUACGACUGUCGAGACAAGGAUAGAAGUGGUGGAAUAAGCAAAGAAGAAGUGAUUGGUGUUUUCUCUGAUCUUUUCCCCGUUUUAGCAGGCAUGCUAGAGCAAUAUGUCACAGAUGAACUCAGAGCCAAAAAUAAAGACAUAAGUAGUUCUAUAGACUUUCAGGAUUUCCUGGGAAUGUACAAACGGUUUUACAUUCAGUGUAGAAGUGUAGUCACCAGUGAUGUUAGUGAUGCCAUUCCCUCCUUGAGUAAAGUUACCGAGGACAAGAUCAGUUCAUCACCUACCAGCAAGAUACCCAGGUAUAAGGGAUUUAUAAAGCCUAGUGCAGCGCAGGAAGAGCCGUCUGGGCCUCAGGCUGGAGAGCUGUUGUUGAGUCACAGUGAGCUGCCAGGCUCCCAAAAGAACAGAGCUUUCGUGCAGGUCCCCAGUGGUGCUGUCGAGGGGCUUCCAGCAAGCAGGGUGGACCCCAUGACCCUGAGGACAUCGCUGGACCUGGGCCUGGAGGAUGAUGACGAGGAAGGAGACUCCUUCUUUGAUGAUCCUCUCCCAAAACCCCAAAAGACUUAUGGCUGUAGUAUACCCUCUACAGAUAAGCCAUACUCAGGGCAGAGACAUUCUGAAAAGAGCUUUAGUCAGAAAGACCAGCACCCACAGAGGGAGGAGAGCCUGGCAGGGCCGUCCUUCUCCCAAAUGAGGAGGGGUACUAGCCUCAAUGAUCUGUCUGCUAUAGGCAGUGACACUGAGGGGGAUACAGAAGACGUGUUCUCAGACCGUGAGAACAAGCGCAGCCCUGACUCUGAGCCCAGGAGAGCAGAAUCAGCAAAGGCAGCUGGAAGAACUCCCUCCCCCUUGUCAGACACCCCUCCAUUAAAAAGUGUAGGCGGAUCCCUCUCUGCAGAGAACAGCCAAAGAGACCCUGUCUCCAGUAAAAGCGGCACGUCAAAUUCCAAAGAAAAAGGCCUUCAGGAUUUUAAAGCAUUGAAUGAGAAGACUGCAUCUCCUCUUCUGGAUGAAGAACUCGACUAUGACGAUGACUUCAACAGCCAUCGAUCAGAUAACUCGAAGAGUGAGGUGAGCAUUGGUGAAGAGAUUGAAGAAGUCUCCAUCGAAGGACCUGAUCUCAGUGACAAGCUUGACGAGAUCACUCAGGACGUGAGUUUGUCUCAGCUGAGUCAAGGUGCAGCAGACUACAUGGAAGAUGUGGCGUGAUACCGUGACAGCUGCUCCUGUGUUUCUGUGUUUGUGGAUGUUGUUGUAUAAACUAAUUGUGUUACCAGUUCCUAUUAAAGCUCUACUGUUCAACAUCAA